CAAUUAGUCCGCUAGGUUUAUGUAAUGGAUUUCCAGGAGCAUAUUCUCAAAAAGAAAUAUAAUAGUAGGUAGCUAAGUUUGUUUCUAAUACUUCUUAUACUAAUAUUCUCACUAUUGACCUUUGGCCGAAAAAGUAUAAAAAGCAAUUAUGUCGCCGGUGCCGGAAGAAUCAACGGCGAUAGAUUACGUGAUGGAGGCAGCUUCUGGUGCACACUUUUCCGGUCUCCGAGUAGAUGGCCUUCUCACUUCUUCUUCAUCUUCUCCGCGCGCUUCUCCUGCUCCUACACCUACUCACUUCUCCACCCCUAUUCCUCUUGAUUCCACUGCCCCUAAACAGCCUUUCGUCAUCGGGGUUUCUGGAGGUACAGCGUCAGGUAAGACUACCGUGUGUGACAUGAUCAUCCAACAACUUCAUGAUCAUCGUGUUGUGCUUGUUAAUCAGGACUCAUUCUACCGCGGUCUGACGCUCGAAGAAAUGAAACAUGUCCAUGAGUAUAAUUUUGAUCACCCAGAUGCCUUUGACACUGAGCAGCUCUUAGAGUGCGUUGAAAAGUUAAAAUCUGGGCUGUCGGUCCAAGUUCCAAUCUAUGACUUUAAAACCCAUCAAAGAUGUUCAGAUAGCUUCCGCCAGGUGAAUGCAUCUGAUGUUAUCAUCUUGGAGGGUAUUCUUGUUUUCCAUGAUGCACGUGUUCGCAAUCUGAUGAGUAUGAAGAUCUUUGUUGAUACAGAUGCUGAUGUGAGGCUUGCUCGUAGAAUAAGACGUGACACAGUGGAGAGAGUUAGAGACAUAAACUCAGUACUUGAACAGUAUGCAAAGUUUGUCAAGCCUGCUUUUGAUGAUUUUGUUCUUCCUUCAAAGAAGUAUGCUGAUGUUAUCAUACCUAGAGGAGGUGAUAAUCAUGUUGCCAUUGAUUUAAUUGUCCAACAUAUUCGCACAAAGCUUGGUCAGCAUGAUCUUUGCAAGAUAUAUCCGAAUGUGUAUGUUAUUCAGUCAACUUUUCAGAUUAGAGGUAUGCAUACAUUAAUUCGAGAUAAAGAGAUUUCAAAGCAUGACUUUGUUUUUUAUUCUGAUCGUCUUAUUCGUCUGGUUGUGGAGCAUGGUCUUGGCCAUUUGCCCUUCACUGAGAAGCAAAUAGUCACUCCAACAGGGUCAGUAUACACUGGUGUUGAUUUUUGCAAAAAGUUGUGUGGAGUAUCCAUUAUUCGAAGUGGUGAAAGUAUGGAAAAUGCACUUCGUGCUUGCUGCAAGGGUAUAAAAAUUGGGAAAAUUCUGAUCCACCGUGAUGGUGACAAUGGGAAACAGCUUAUAUAUGAAAAACUUCCAAAAGACAUAUCGGAGCGGCAUGUCCUGCUUCUGGACCCGGUACUUGCUACAGGUAAUUCUGCUAACCAGGCAAUUGAACUGCUCAUACAGAAAGGAGUUCCAGAAUCCCACAUUAUUUUCCUAAACCUCAUCUCUGCACCUGAGGGAAUACAUUGUGUUUGCAAACGAUUCCCCUCUUUAAAAAUUGUCACGUCAGAGAUUGAUCAGAGCUUAAAUGAAGAGUUCCGUGUCAUUCCGGGUUUGGGAGAGUUUGGUGAUCGGUACUUUGGCACUGAUGACUAAUAACUACAUAUUUUGCAAAGUCUCAAGUAUUGACGUGCUCCAAAAUAGGAACUUUAGCACCUUCCAAAUGGGGAUCUGUUCUGUCUCUUCUGGUUUAUCAACUGUUUCAGCACACGUAUAGAGAACACUCAUACUGGAAAUUUUAAUGGACGUCGGUCGAUGUAAAAUCUGAACGGCCUCUUGCUAUAUUGAAGCACAUAUUGCAUAAUGUGAAACAUGCAUCUUUUUGAAGUGUGAAUUAGUUAUUUCCAUUGAUCUGUUGGUUGAGAUGCCUGCAAAUUAGGACUCUCAUUUGAGCCCCGUGUGUGUGUCCUCUGCACUUUUGAAACUGCUAGCCCUUGAAGUUUGUUAUCUAAGUUUGUAUGGUGCCACAAGGCCCUAGAAAACAGAGAACAACAAGAUGAGGAUGGGGUUUGGCUAUGGAAAGAAUUUACCCGCACGGCCGCACCCAGUGUUUUAUGCCAGCUCAAUAAAUACAUGACAUGUGCCUUUACAUACAUUGUUGAUUUGUUACUGUUCAUAGUCAAUUAAUAAAUAUGCUCACAUCUUUUUUUCCCACUAA